AGGCGCGUAAACAUAAACAUAAAUAUCAGGCUUUUGUCUUACCAGCUAUGAAUAAAAGGCAGAAUCUAACUAUAUUAAUCAUCAUUUAAAUGUAAAAUACAACUAACUAUACUGCAAAAAACAUAUUCCUUUACCUCCUUUGCUAGAAAGCGAGGAGGAGAUAUGAAACAAAAGCAAAAAUGCUGAGUGUGAUUGAGUCUCUCUUCUCGUCUCUUUAUUGUAUUACAGCAUAAUCUUGUCUGGUGUCUAUCAUUGAUUUUGGUACUAAUAGGCAGACAGUGGCUUCAGUGUAAUGGGUUUAAAGAGGAAGAUUAGUCCAUAGGAGGUAGAGUACUGAGCUGCUGAGCCCUAAUAAGGAAAUGGAGGCAAAGUGAACUAUACGUUAAUGCAUUUACAAUUUAAUUUAAAUAAAAACAUCAAAAGCUGCUCAGUUGUGUUAAAAGAAAUACUGCUGCUCCUACUAGGAUGAUUAUUGUUUGUACAGGACAGUACAGAUAAAGCAAAAACUAAUAUUUUCCAAAGUCAAACAGUUGAAGAUAAGGACAGUAAAUAAUCCCUACAAUUUGGGUAAAUCAAGCAUGAGUUUGAGUGACAUCUGGUGUUGAACUCUUGCAAAAACAUGAAGCUCCUGAAAGCGCACGAAAGAUCCAGUGACUUCUGCACUCCAGAGAAACAGCUCCCUCCAGUGGAGUGCUCCGGUAGUGACAGGAAAGUUCCUGAAGACUCUGGACCUCCUCCAGUUAGGGUAUAAAAGCUGGGACAGUCUCACUGUGGGGACAGAAAACAGCACAGAAGAGACGACAGUUCAACAAGAAGACUGAACACUAAAGCCGCACUGAAGAUGCUUUGCUCUCAUGGAUUCCAGUCCGCCCUCAGUCCAUUCACGGGCCUCCACUGGCCUGCACGCAGUCUGUGGCCAGAUGUCAAACCUCUGCUCCACCCGCAGGAUCUACUGCAGAGAAACCUACAGGACCUCCGCAGCAGUCUGGAUCUGAUGGACAAACUUCAUCAGGAGAUGCUGCAGGAGACGGAGCCUUUCCAAACCAGCGUGGCCCUGCAACCGGUCUCCUGCCAGCUGGACACAGAGGGGGAGAACUUUGGCCUGAGCCUGGACACUCGAGGAUUUUCCCCAGAGGAGCUGUCCGUCAGGCAGGUGGGCCGCAAGCUGAGAGUCAGCGGGAAGACGGAGAGGAAGCAGGAGGACGGGGAAGGCUCCUACUCUUACAGCCACCGGGAGUUCAGACAGGAAUUCGACCUGCCAGAAGGGACGAACCCCGAGGCCAUCACCUGCCGCCUGGCUCCAGACGGGAAGCUCCACAUCCAGGCAGCCAGAGCUCCACCAGGGGACGAGAAGGAGAGAGAGCUGACCAUCCAGAGGAGCUCGGAGGAGAAGACACAGCAGAGUGUGUGUGCACAGACACAAGGCAGCAGCACACAGAACCUGGAGACAUCUGCUGGGUGUUCAAGCCGUGUACAGUAACUGUGUUGAACGAACAAUCUGUUUCAUAAAUUGUAUGAUCAAUAAACCUAUUGAAAUUUUUCCAGCAUUA